GUCGCUCAUUUAACCCUCAGCCCCAUGAACGCUCAACCCUAAUGCAACCUCAGAAGAAAAAAAAACUUUAUUAAAUCUGAAAUCGCUGUAAAUAUAUACAUCAGAUAACCGAUACUGCGACAGAACACAGUGGGGGCGUGGCUGAUCAUGAAUAUUACGCAGAGAGGCGUGGCUUGGCUUCACCUGAGACUGUUCUGAGGAGCCGCAUGUGCAUGCAGCGCAGUACUCAGUGAGAUCACUGGAGCAGAGGCAUCAUUAGCAGCACAACAGGGAAUCUACGGAAACACAGUCACCCUGAUGCUUACUUUUCCCCCUCAAAUACUCAGUGGGAAACCUUUGACUGAGCAAGGAUGAGUUAGCAGCCCAUGACUGCACUGCUGGAAGCGGGAGCCUGUUCUAGUGAAUCAGCAUCAAUCGCACGACAUCAUUAUCUUCAGUAGAGUUUCUGCCUGGAUCCUAGCAGAACCAUAGUGCAUCACGUUGAUCAUGGGGCAAACCACAAUGCUGAACUUAAUUCUGGUGGGAUACUUAAUACCCGUCAUUUGGUGCUUUCCAUUUGGACCAGUCCUUGACAUGGAUGUCACCCCCAGGACUACUGUGCGUGUAAAUGGGCUGCUGGGUUGUAAUCAUUUCCAAGGAGCCGCAUUGAACUACAGCUCUCUGCUACUGGAAGAUGGGCCAGGAGUGCUGUAUGUUGGGGCCAGAGAGGCUAUUUACAAACUAGACACUGCCAACAUCUCCGACACCAAUAACUCUCUUACUCUGGAAUGGGCAGCAUCUGCUGAUCAGAAGAGGCAGUGCUUGAGCAAAGGAAAGAACAAUCAGACUGAAUGCUACAAUCACGUGCGGUUUCUGGACAGAUACAAUGACACUCAUUUGUACACCUGCGGGACUCACGCCUUCAGACCCCGCUGUGCUUACAUAGAUGUGGCACGUUUUACCUUUGUGCGUUUUGAGGAGGGAAAAGAGAAAUGCCCUUAUGAUCCCACUAAGGGGUACACUGGAUUUAUUAUCGAUGGCGAGAUGUACUCUGCCUCCCAGUAUGAAUUUCGUAACAUCGCUGAUAUAAGGCGAAACUUUCCCUUCCCCAAUUUGAGAAUAGAUGAUUCCCCAACAAGAUGGCUUUUAGAGUCCGAUUUUGUGGGCUCAGCGUUACUCAGAGAGAGCAUCAACAGCUCCAUCGGGGACGAUGACAAACUCUACUUCUUCUUCACGGAGAGGAACACAGAACCGACGGCUUAUUCCAUCCAAACCAAAGUGGCCAGAGUGGCCCGUGUGUGUAAAGGGGACAUUGGAGGCCAGAGGACUCUUCAGAGGAAGUGGACGUCCUUUCUCAAGGCCAGGCUGGUCUGCGCCAUCCCUGAUUACGAGCUUCAGUUCAACGUUCUGCGCAGUGUGUUUGUCGUUGAGGGAAGCAACGUGCAUGACAGUGUCUUUUAUGGCAUUUUUGGACUUGAGUGGAGAAACGUUAAGAUGUCUGCAGUGUGUCGGUAUUCCCUCAAAGACAUCCAGACAGCUUUUAAUGGGCCAUUCAUGGAACUUCAGGACUCCAAAUGGAGGGAAUACACUGGGAAAGUUCCGGAUCCACGACCUGGUUCGUGUAUAACUGAUGAGCAUCGUGGCAAGCUCAUAAAUUCCUCUCGGGAUCUGCCUGACAACACUCUGAAUUUUGUUCGGAGACACCCUUUAAUGUCCACCCAGAUCCAGCCGGUGGAAGGACGUCCACUUUUGCUCCAGAAAGCUGCAGAUUACACUAAAAUCAUUGUUCAACAGGUUGAGGGUUUGGACGGACGGACCUAUGACAUGCUCUUCAUUGGAACAGAUGAGGGCUGGUUACAAAGAGCUGUGAAGAUUAUAGACCGUGUGCACAUCAUUGAGGAGCUUCAGCUGUUCCAAGAGAAACAGCCCAUCAUUAACAUGGUGAUAUCACAAAAACAGAACAGUAUCUAUGUGAGCGGCGCUUCUGGACUGGUGCAGGUUCCUCUGUCAUCUUGUGAACGCUACACCUCCUGUUACGACUGUGUGUUCGCACGCGAUCCGCUCUGUGGCUGGGAUGGAAGAAUGUGUGCUGAGAUAGCAUCUUAUGCUAACAGGUCCAGUCUCGUCCAGGACAUCCAGAUGGGAAGACGAGGCUGUUCUAAUAUCACAAGUGAUGGUUUCGUCAUGCACCGAACACGUGCGGUGAUGGCAGGAGAUGAUGUGCUGCUACAAUGCGAGAUUCGAUCAAACCUGGCCACCCCUCAAUGGACGCUGAACAGUCAAGAACUGAAGGGUUAUGGCGUAGAUUCUGGCUACCGCACUGGCACAGACGGCCUCCUUAUUAUCGGUGCACAGAACCAACAAAGCGGACACUACCGAUGUUAUGCAGUGGAAAAUAGCGUCUGGGUUCCUAUUCGCAGUUACAUUGUGAGAGUGCAACCAGUUCCACCUCCGGCAUCACAUCUCUCUGGAAGUCCGACAGCUUUACCUGAAAGUUUUUUUACUACUACAACUGUGCCAACUCCAAGUCCUUCUAGCGGUCCUGUCGAGCAGCUCCUGUCACCCCCACCGGCUCCGUUACCUUCUGAUCCAGAGUUUCAGACCUACAAGCACAUGGAGGCCAUGUAUAUCUCUCUGGUGGCAGUGCUUGGUGGACUUUGUCUGGUUCUAACGGUGCUCCUGUUGUACGUUAGUUUCUGCGCACAAAACUCUCUCGAUGCCAAGUACUCCCAGCAAGCUCUUUCCAUAACCACCCCAACCGAAAGAAAAAGAAGUUCACACUUUGAGCUCAAAACAAUCUCCAGUCACUGCAAUGGCCGAACAGAAGGGCGUAGCAGAGCGAUGUCGAGAGAUGAAGAGUUUCUACAGAUCGUCCCGUUGGACAUCCAGACUACGCCCAGCGAGGAACCUCCACCUGCCCCGCCCCUUCCAAUGCCGCCGCCUCUGCCUGCUUCGGAGUAUGCAAAUGGACUGUCAGCCACGUUACCCAGCGUGCUGAGGAAAAUUAACGGUAACAGCUACGUGCUCCUUGGGCAGGCAGACUCCGAAACGACGUCUCCGCUUUACCACUCCUUCACCGAGGAGCUCAACAGGAUUCUUGAAAAGCGGAAACACACACAGUUGGACAUCCAGCCGGAUGAGAGCUCAGUGUAGCAACAUCUCACAUCAAUACUACGUCGCCCUCUUGUGAUGUGGAGGAUUGCAUUUGUAUUAGAACUCUGAGAGCUGUGUGUUGUGAAGUUCCUCAUAGCAUCUCAAAAUCGACUGUGCUCGCGCUUUUGAGAAUCAUCUCGUGAUUUAAUGGGAGAUAUUUUUUGAGCUUGAUCAAAUUUAGUAGGCAUCAACUGUAGCUUAAAAAAGGACUGUGUAAAAAAACGCAAGAUGAACUAAAAGGAUGUCCCAAAAGGAGAACGAGGAGACUUCAGAACACUGUCCAAAGACUGCAAAGCAAUGCAUAUUUGUACAUAAUGUUGUAUUAUUGCUCAAAUGCAGAUGUUUAC